AUGGGUCGCGAACUUCAGAAGAAGAAGCGGCGCUCGAUGCGCCAGCCUGUACGACCCAAGACGAACAAAAAAAUCCUCAACCCACGGGGCAACAACAUCAUAGCCCAGAACUGGGACAAGAAAGAGACGCUCGCGCAAAACUACCGUCGUCUCGGCCUCGUCGCCCGUCUCAAAGCCCCCACCGGCGGCGUCGAAAAGAAGCUCGCGGGCGUUGCGUCGCAGGCCUCGGAGACCAGUGGCCCUUUCGCAAUUGCCUCGAUAGACAAGGCUGUCAUCUCCGAGGCCAAGGUGGAGCGUGACGCCGACGGAAACAUUGUCCGCGUUCUCGGUCUCGGCCGUUCCGACAACCCCCUCAACGACCCCCUCGCGCUGCUCGAAUCCGACGACGACGACGACGACGACGACGAGAGAGACGACCGCGCCGUUGCCGUGAACCAGCACGGACACGACGACGCCGAAUGGGGCGGCAUCGCCGAUCAGGAGGCACAGGCGGGCGCGGCGACGGACGUGGUGCGCUCCCUCAUCGAGCAGUCCCACAACUCGGCGCCCAAGAAGCCGAGGCACCAGAGCGAGGCCGAGACGGAGUGGCUCGCGAAGCUUGUUGCCAAGCACGGCGAUGACACGAGGGCCAUGGCGUGGGAUCGGACGCUGAACCCGAUGCAGCAGACGGCUGCCGACUUGGCCAAGCGCAUCAGCAAGAUGAGAAGACAGGCAUAG